AGCAGAGUCAGGCACAGAGCUGCAGGACUGAAGGCUAAACACACAGAAUGCGCCAAGGACUGCAAGUGAAAACAGAGGAUCAAGAUAAGGACCAACUUGUGUUUCUGUCCACAAGCCUGUGCAUGCAUCAGCUCCUUUCCCUUCUGUGUGUUUACUUGGUGAAGUAUCACAGGAGGUAGUGUGGUCCUACUGACACCUUCUCACGAGCAGAUGUGGACACUGGACAGACUUGGUCGUGUUAUCAUCAUCAUCUGAUGAGACAGUUUGUCCUGGAAUAUUAUCAAUAAACCACUCAUCUCCUGGGACUCUUUGGUGUAGCCGAUGUGAGGAUAUUUUUGUUUUAUUUCUGCUUCUCAUUCAUAAAACUCUACCAUGGAGGGUUCAGCACUGAAGCUUGUCAUUUCUCUAUGGUGCCAGCUCAUGAUCGCAACCUACAGUCUGGAGAUAAGUGCUUACGACUUUGAGAGAGAGAGACCGGCUAAAUGUGAGCCGAUCAUCAUCCCGAUGUGCCAGGGCAUCGGAUAUAACAUGACCCGGAUGCCCAACUUGAUGGACCAUGACAAUCAAAAGGAGGCAGAGAUUAAGCUGAAUGAAUUCGCCCCACUGGUGGAGUACGGCUGUGACGUCCAUUUGCGUUUUUUCCUCUGCUCUCUCUUCGCACCCAUGUGUGCCGAUGAGGUGUCCACGUCCAUCCCUGCCUGUAGACCAAUGUGUGAACAGGCACGUCAGAAGUGCUCUCCUAUUAUGGAGAAGUUUAACUACGCAUGGCCUGAUUCUUUGAACUGUUCUAAAUUGCCUACCCGGAAUGACCCGAACGCACUGUGCAUGGAAGCGCCCGAGAAUGACACCAAACCAGAGCCGAAGAAAGGAGAGGGGAUGCUUCCGGUGCCUCCGCGACCCAAACAACCUGGGCUGGGAAGUGGGCGUCCAGGGGGCACCAUGGGAGUCUGUGAGAACCCAGAGAAAUUCCAGUAUGUGGAGAAGAGUGAGUCAUGUGCUCCGCGUUGUUCCUCAGCCGUUGAUGUGUUCUGGUCCAGACAGGACAAAGACUUUGCUUUUAUCUGGAUGGCUGUGUGGUCCACUUUGUGUUUUGUUUCCACAGCUUUCACAGUCCUAACUUUCCUCUUGGAUCCUCAUCGCUUCCAGUACCCUGAGAGGCCCAUCAUAUUCCUGUCUAUGUGCUAUAAUGUUUACUCUGUAGCCUUCAUCAUUCGCUCAGUAGCUGGAGCAGAGAACAUUGCCUGCGACCGUGAGAAUGGGGAGCUUUAUAUUAUUCAAGAGGGGCUCGAGAGCACAGGCUGCACCAUAGUCUUCCUCAUUCUGUACUAUUUCGGCAUGGCCAGUUCAAUCUGGUGGGUCAUUCUCACACUCACUUGGUUCCUGGCUGCAGGAAAAAAAUGGGGUCAUGAAGCCAUCGAAUCUCACAGCAGCUACUUUCAUAUGGCCGCCUGGGGCAUACCGGCACUAAAGACAAUAGUCAUCCUCACAAUGAGGAAGGUGGCAGGUGACGAGCUGACUGGGCUGUGCUAUGUGGGCAGCAUGGACGUGGGGGCGCUAACAGGUUUCGUCCUGGUGCCACUGUCCUGCUACCUUGUCAUCGGAACAUCAUUCAUCCUCACUGGCUUUGUUGCACUUUUCCACAUUCGGAAGGUGAUGAAAACCGAAGGUACCAAUACGGAGAAGCUGGAAAAGCUAAUGGUUAAGAUUGGCAUCUACUCCAUCCUCUACACUGUUCCUGCAACCUGUGUCAUCAUUUGCUACUUCUAUGAGCGCCUCAAUAUGGACUACUGGAAAUUCCGAGGGCUGGAGAGCAAGUGUACUACCUUUCCAGGCCGAAGGAAUGAGGACUGCAGUCUGGGAACAUCUGUGCCCACAGUAGCCGUGUUCAUGCUGAAGAUCUUCAUGUCGCUGGUGGUAGGCAUCACCAGUGGUGUGUGGGUGUGGAGCUCCAAGACCUUGCAGACCUGGCAGGGGCUCUGUAGCCGGAAACUGGCAGACAGGACUAGCAGGAAGCAUUGCAAUGGUGGGAGCUGCAGUAGCACCCAUUGCCAUUACAAAGCCCCAGCCGUGGUAUUGCACAUGUCCAAGACUGACCCCUACUCAGACUGCCCAACGCAUGUAUGAGAAGAACUCAAGUGUGUGUUUGUGUAUGUGUGUGUGUGUGUGUGGAGUUCCUCUCAGCUGAAAUGGAGAGAGUGACCUCAUCUGUAAUGUACUCUAUGGACUUAUACUACUCCUCCCUGUGUGUAUGACAGUGUUUGAGAGCAGGCUUAAAGAUGAUUUGUUCAUGCUCACCAAAGAAAGUGAAAGUUGUGAAAAAAUGGACACAAAGAAAGCUGUACGUAUGUUGCGGCUUAUCGCUAAAGAAUGGACUGAUCAUCAGUGUUUUAUAGUUAAAGGGAAUGUUUAUUAUUGCUUUCUGUAGAAGUGCAAAAAAAAUUUCAAAUCUAACCUGUAAUGCAGUCUUUUAUCUGUCGCACACAAAGAAACAGACGUGCAUGGAGGUAUGUGUAUAAGAUGUUCUUGUCCACAUUUAGCUCAAUUCGUGGCAUUUAUGUGUUUUAAAAAGUUUUCAUAGUUCUUAUUUAUUGUGUAUAUAUUUAAUUUAGUUUGGUCUUGGUCUUUUCAAGGAAUGGCCUGUAAACAAGCCUUUUGUAAACAAGUUAUAUUGAUGGGCCAAAUUAACAAA